AUGGUGUUACUAGUGGACUAUUCCAAGCGGCGUGCCGAUGGCACGCCCCCCUCGAAUCGGUUCAUCAAGGAUCGAAGCAAUCCUCGGGACGAACGGUUAUCCCCGCGACGAUCGAAUAUGGCCGAUGACCCAAGUGACAGUUCCUGCGAGACGGCAACGUUCGCCGAUGCCAAAUGCAAGGGGCCGUGUGGGUGUCCCGGACGACGGUGUGAGAAACGGUCGUCUAGUGGACGCCUGUGUCAACCAACACAAGCUCAACCUCAGUUGGAAGAAAGCGACGGCAAUUUGAGUGGGGACGGGGGAAUUCCCAUGCCGUGGCUGCAACAAAAGGAUCGCAGCCAAAAAGAUAACAGCCAAAAAGAGCGCAACCUAAGUCCACAACGAAGCGAUACGGGUGGCAGCAACACGAGCAAUGGUAGCAAUCUGUCGUACAAGAGACGAAGUUCGUGGACCAAAAAACAAGAAGAAAAACAAAAACGAAACGAACGCAAGAGCCAAUCACCGCCACCACCAGCACCUCAGUCGUCUACGAGUACUACUACUUCACCCCGGAGGAAGAGUGGCAAUAAAAACAUCCUGAGCAACAGCCACAACAGCCACAACAACCACCACAACAAGGCUGCCGUGGUGAAACCCAACAUGGGACGACGUGUUUCCCGGGCCGAUCGACGACGCGAAACGGACGUGGCCCAAAAGGAAAUUGACGCCGUCAAAUUGGACGCCGAAGCCGCACGCAAGGAAGCGCAAGCGGCUCGGAAAGACGCCGAAGCUACUCGUCUCGAAGCAAGAGCGACACGAUUGGAGUCGGAUGCGCUGCGACUCGAAGCGGACGCGGCACGAAAAGAAGCUCAAGCCGCUCGCAUGGAAGCGGAAUUCCUCAAGAAACAGUCCGAACGACAUACGCCACAACCGUCCCGAUCGUUGGGAUCCAUCACGGAUGACGACGAGGACGAUGAUCUUCCCGAUUUGUCGACGCAUUCCAAGUUGCCCAUUCCACUUUCGCCGAGCCAAAAACCCAGUCGACGCGUGUCGUUGGCGGAACGAAGACAAAUAUCGGUCGAUGCCGAAAAGGCUAGCAAGCUCAACAAGAAACGUCAAGAACAACUGCGGAAAUUGCUCGAUGAAUCAGAGGCGAGUCAAUUAACGUCCGUGCCAGAAACGACACCGGAUUGGGCUACUAAAUGGGCCAGUAGUACAUCUGCCUUGCCACCACUUACCGGUACGUCAACCCAUAAUCCCUUGGACAAGGACGAUUCCUCGGGGCGACGACAGCAGUCGGUACCCACAUGGGCCACGCAGUGGGCCAGUGGUGGAGGAGGAGCUGCUGUUGGAGGACAACAGCCACUGGGCAAGACAAGUGACCAUGCGGAACGGGAACGACAAGCAUCACUGCCCGAUUGGGCCAUGAAGUGGGCCAAUGGCAAUGCGAAUACUGGACCACAACCCAAAAACAACAACAAGAGCGCGCUCGGAGGAACAGGCGCCGCGCCAGAUUGGGCCAACCAGUGGGCCAGCGGUAACAACAAUAACAACAACAACAAGACUGUCAGUGCACUGGGAUCAUUAUUAUCGACAAGAGCGUCACCAGCCGACUGGGCCAAGAAGUGGGCCGAACAGAACCGGAGGUCGUCCAGGAAACUAAAACCAGAAGACCUACUAGAGCCAGAAGAUUUAAAAGAACUAGAGCAACAACAAGAAGAAGAAGAAAGGGAAGUCAAUCCAAAACGAAGAGUUUCUCGAGCCGAACGGAGACGGUUAUCGCAAGAAUUCGAAGCCCUUUCCGAGUCGGCCAAAUCAAGAAAUGAGAACAAGAAUCGUGAAGACCAGGACAAGGACGGAACUUCUCCCAAUAGACGGAUCUCUCGAGCGGAACGCAGGAGGCUUUCCCAAGAAGCCGAUGCAAUCGCCAAACUAAAGAAUGAGAAAAAGACCCAAGAAGAAGAAGAAGAAGAAGCUCCUCCAAAGAGGAUCUCCCGAGCCGAACGGAGUCGGCUUGCCAAAGAGGCUGAAGAGGCCGCAAAGGAGGCAGCAGCACAAGAAGAUGACAAUCCCAAUCGUCGAAUCUCUCGAGCUGAACGAAAACGGCUUUCGCAAGAAGCCGCCGAGGCAGUGAAACAAGCCGCCGAAGAAGCGUCAGCCAAAACAAAGAAUGAGAGAUUCGAAGAAGAUAAGGAAAAUGAACAAGAAGAAGAACAAAGGGAAAUGCCUUCGUUGCUGUCGAGUAUGCCCAGUCUCGGUGGAUGCCCAUCCAUGCGUCAUUCCAUGUCGGACAGCAAGAGAAAAAGCAAAAGCUUUGAAGACGACAGGCUACCCCUGCCUUCCUCGUUGCUUCAGAAACCAGGCCCCGGCAACAAUUCCCAGACUGCUAGUGGAAUCGCCAUGUUCAAGCGGUGUGAUACCAACGAACUCAUCAAAGAGCACAGGAAUCGCCGACCCACUGUACUGGUGGAAAUAGAUGACGAUUCUAGCAUCAUGGAGAUGAGCGUCUCUGAGAUGAGUGUCGGUCACAUAGAAUCCGGAAAUCUCUCCGGGCAGCUCUCACCACCCCUUUCGCCCUUGCUCAAGAAGAAAGAGGAGAAGAGGAAAGAGGAGAAGAAGGGCGGUGCCGUUGACUGGAGCAAGCCCUCACGCAAUACUGUGGAUUUGUCCGUGAAGUCCUCGGCGGCUGCCGCCAAGCGCAUGCCUGUCGUUACUGGAGGGCGCAAAAUUACGCGCAGUGCUAGUGCGAGACAGAUGAAGAUGAACGCCAGUCUCAGCAGCAUUGUCGAAGCGGAUGAUGACGAGGAAGACGACAACGGUGAUUCUGAGAAACCCACCAACCUCAGGUCUUCUCUGAAAAAGACGCGUGGUAGCGUUAGUUUGUCGGAUUUGUAUGGCUCUCCAGACUGGGACAAGGAUCGCCCUGACCUCUCCAAGGGCAUCUCUUUCACUCUCCGACGCACCAAAAGGCCCGACCGAGCCAAGAGUAUGGAAGAGAGCGUCUCCAGUAUGGCACGCUUGGAAGAGUCCAUGUCUCAGUUUGUCGUGGGUGAUCUCGAUGUUAGUGGAAAGACCACUGGAGACAACAGCAAUGAUGCUGGCUUGGAACGGAAAGGUUCAACUCACGGCCCACCCCCACCGUCCAAGCGUAUCUCUGAUCCCACCACCUCAAGCUCAAACUUUCGUUGUCAUGAGCACAUGGAAGGCCAAUGCACCAGCUGCUCUCGUCGCCACAAGAUCACCAAAGCGAAGUCUAUAUCGGAUAUGUUGUCUGAGUCACAGAAGAUGUCUGAAUCACAGAUGGAACUGAAUGAGGAUUCCAAGGCCAGCUUUACGAUCAACCGGAGCGCCAGCCUGAACAAGACGAAAUCCUUGUCGAACAUGACCGAGAAAGAAGCGUAUUCGAAUAAUAUGGAUAUGAGUCCCAAGAAGGCAAAGAGCGAAAAGAUUAUUUUAGGCAGCCCCAAGAAGGAUUCGGACCCGACAGUGGAAAUGAAUAAACAGGAAUCAUUGCAAAGGAUUCGCCGACCAAGCUUGAACAGACCAAAAAGCCCCACGAGGGCUGAUUUGACCAAACUGGAUGUUUCGCAAAUGAAACGACCGAGCUUCAACCAAUCGAUGUCGUUAUCGCAGUUGUUCUUUGAUCCUGCGAAGUUGCUUCAGGACUCUAGCAUGCAGAAUAGUGAAGCAACUGAAGAUGUUCCGCCGCCACCAAGUACCCCCAAAUCUCUCAGCCCCAAGCAGACCAGCCCCAAGCCAAGCCCCAGGUGGACGACAAGCAAUCACAAGAGGGAGUCAGGCAACCAAAAGAGGGAGUCAAGCAACCACAAGAGGGAGUUGGAUUCCUCAGAUGGAAAGAACGAUAGUAUUCCGACGACAAUUGAACUGGGAUAUGAAGACACCGACAAGAGGGAGUCAAGUUCCAAAGGCGGGAAGAAAGAGAUUCCUACGACUAUUGAACUGGGGUAUGGAAAUGGCAGCACAAGACUCUCAAGCAGUACCAGAGGAGAUGGACGGUACAGACGUGGCAGCAAUGGGGGCGAUCAACGGUACAGAGGGGUGGAUGGCAGGCGUCCCAGCAAUGGAGGCGACAAUCGUUAUGGUGGCGCAAGACUCUCCAGCAGCUCUGGGGGCGAUAGACGGUACGGUGGCGAAGGCAGUGGCCACAGACGUUACGGUGGUGAAGGCAGUGGCCACAGACGUUAUGGUGGCGGCGGUAGUGGCCACAGACGUAUAGAGACGAGCUCGGGCGAUGGCGACAAGCGAAUCUCUGCCUCCAAAUCAAAAGAUGGUGCUGGAAGGAUUUCGACUAGCACCGGGGGCACGGAUAGACGGCGCUAUGUUCUGGGGUCGUAUUCAGACGGGGACGACAACUCCGAUUACUCCUGUUCCGAUGAUGAUGAUGAUGAUGACAACCACAAUUCAUUUGCUGCUGAUGACUCGAAUCAAGCAAAGAGUGGUGGACGUCGUCCACAGAGGCGGCAUGUUUCCAUGUCUCACGUAUCCAAGUUGGACUCGUCGGGAGAUGAUCGCCGUGGUCACGGCCGGCCCUCCUUGUUGAGUACAUCGGGUAAACUGACGUCCCGACGCAACCUGAUGAACCAAUCGAUGAGGAACGUGACAGGCUCCUCCCGACGCAACUUGUUCGAUGCCAAAACCUUGGAACGCAAAGACAGUGGGAAGUUACAACGCACAGGCAGUGGCAAACUACAGCGCACAGGCAGUGGGAAGUUGCAGAGGAAGAAGGGCGGAAUGGACUCGUCUGCAGUUUUUGGGACGUCAUUCCGCCGGCUCGAUAGUGGGAAGAAGUCCUCCAUGGACACGUCCGGGUUUGUGACAGGAAGCAGAAUUCGUCGUAUUGAGGAUGGAUCCCAGCUCUUGCGGGGAAUGGAGCUGAGGGCUAUGCCAACUCGUUAAUUAUAGGGACAUAGAAUAGAGACUAUGUACACACAGUAAAACACCAAGCUACAGCUCUAGACUAGUAAUGUAUGAUACUACUAACAGGCAACGAAGCUAAAACCAA